CUCACCAUCCCUCGUCCUGCAGAGACCACCAUGAGAGCCUUGAUUGGAGUGCUGUUGGUAGCCUUAGUGGCUGCAGAGCAGAAACGUUCAGCUGACCCUGGAAUUGGCUAUGGGGGACUUGGUGGCCUUGGCCUAGGAGGACUGGGUUAUGGGGGACUGGGUCAUGGAGGGCAUGGACUUGGUGGUCUUGGCUAUGGCUUAGGCCUGAAUGCUGGAUACGGAGGUGGAUACGGAGGCUAUGGUGGCCUCUUAAGUGCAGGCAACUACGCCAAUGGAUACAGCCACUCCACUGGAUACAACCAUGGAAACAACAUUCUAACUGGAUACGGAGGAUUGGGAGGACUGUCACACGGCCAUCUUAACAAACACUUGCUCGGCAAACGAAGUGCUGAUCCUGAACCAGGUUUAGCUUAUGGAGGACUCGGCGGACUUGGAGGACUUGGCCAUGGAGGACUUGGCCAUGGAGGCAUUGGCCAUGGAGGCCUUGGUCAUGGAGGGCUCGGCUAUGGAGGUCUUGGUCUUGGUGGAUUUGGCCAUGGAGGCCUUGGACUUGGAGGGCUUGGCUAUGGAGGCCUAGGGCACGGUGGACUAGGUCAUGGCUUAGGCUUUAAUGCUGGAUUCGGUGGAGGAUUUGGUGGCCAUGGUGGUCUCUUGGAUGCCGGUAACUAUGCCCAUGGAUACAGUCACUCCACUGGGUACAGCCAUGGAAAUCAUAUUGGAAAUGCCCACAAAGGAUUGGGUGGAGUGGCCCAUGGGCACAAAAAAAUCAUAGGGAAAUAAAAUGAUAUUUCUUAGGCUUAACAAGAACCAGAACGUUGGUGUUUCCAGUGAAAUAACGAGUCCAGACGGUUAAUGUAUGCUUGAUAUGAAAACCUAAUCUCUCAGGUUUCUUGAUCUAUGUAAAAAUGCUUUCUGAAAGAAUAUAUAUUUUAGACCAA